AAAUCACUAGUCAGGAAAAACUGAAACUUUUAAAUUUUAAUACACUAGGAGGGCCCCUAACUCUUAUCAAUUCAAGCCGAACAAUGAACAAUUUCUGAAGAAAAAAAUGAGAGAUCGAGUAGAAGCAGUGGAAGGGAAACCAAAACCCUAGAUGGCCAUUGCUUCCAUUCCCCCGAUCUCCCUCUUGUCUGCAACUCUCCUGACUCUCCUCUUCCUCACCACAGCCUAUUCCGCCGCCUCCAUUUUCGACCUCAUCUAUAAGGGCUGCGCCAACCAGCAAUUCUCCGGUGGGGGCGCCGCCUCAUCCCAGCAAGCCCUAUCCUCCCUCUCAUCCACUCUCAUGUCCCAAUCCUCCACAGCCAGAUUUUUUAGAACCACAUCCUCCGAUCAAUCCAUCUUCGCCCUUUUCCAAUGCCGCGGUGACCUCUCCUCCGCCGAUUGCUCAUCCUGCGUUGCUAAAGCUGUUUCCUUGUGGAGCAUCCUCUGCGGCGAUACCGUCGCCGCGCGUGUCCAGCUUGCCGGAUGUUACGCGCUCUACGAGAUUGUUGGAUUCCCGCCGGUAUCCGGCACGCAGAUGCUUUACAAGACGUGCGGAUCGGGGAACGGAGGCGGUGAAGAGUUUGAGGAGAAGAGAGAUACGGCGCUCUCAAGCCUGCGGAGUGGGGUUGCCGCCGGCGGUGGCUUCGACGCGACCACCUACCAGUCUGUUUACGCCAUGGCGCAGUGCCAGGGAGAUCUCUCCUCUGCCGAUUGCAGCGAGUGCGUUGAGCAAGCAGUUCAGAAAUCGCAAGUUGAAUGCGGUGGUGCUAACUCCGGGCAAGUUUACCUCGAUAAGUGCUAUAUUAGCUAUAGUUACUACCCUAAUGGAGCUCCCACUGAUGGAGGCGGCCAUGGUGGAGGUGGAGGUGGAGGAGGUCAGCAUACAGGGAAGACAGUGGCCAUUAUAGUGGGAGGAUUUGCAGCUCUGGGAUUCCUGGUGAUUUGUCUCCUGUUUGCCAGAUCUCUAAUGAAAAAGAAAGAUGAUUUCUGAAGUUCUUGGUGUGAAGGUUUGAAUGUCAUUUGGGACAAAGCAAGUUAUGUGCAAUAUUUCUCAAGCAAUGUGUUGUCUACCAUCAACAGAACUGGGAAGAUAAAAGGAAAUUAUAUUUGGUUCUCUGCAAUUUGGACAUGUAAGUGAUUCUCUUUGCUUCUUAUUUCUAUUUUUAAAAGAAAAGAUUUUGACUGCACUAUAUACAUA